AUGAGCUCUGGCAACACAAUAGGACGAGAGAAAGGGAAGAGAUCUAGGUCUGGGUGCUGGACGUGCCGGGAAGCUGGGUACAAAUGCGACGAAGCGAAGCCACUCUGCGGUCGUUGUGUAAGGUUAAAGAUUCCCUGCCAAGGCUACGGUUUGAGGCUGAGGUGGCGUCCUCACAAAGACGCAAAGAAAAGAGAGGACCUUCGAUCCCGACAUGAUGAAAACCGACGUGAACUGGUAGUGCCGCCGCCCAACAGCAAUGAAGCACAAGCUGCCAUCAUUUCACCACCUGCAGAAAAUACCGUCACGACACCCAGUCGUUCCGGCUCGGACGGUUGGGUGUCGGAUGAUGUCUUCUCACCUCACGGGCGCAAUCCAUGCGCAUUAUUAUCUCCAAUGAGUAUACAAUCUCGAGAUGAUGAUAUUCCAAGCGAGAUUUGCUUAAAAGAUGGAAAAUCCGACAACAUGCGAAGUCGAGAGCAGCUGCGCGAAGCUUCAGUACCGCGCGAUCCUCCCUACUGGGCUCUUUACUUAUCCCUUGAUGACUAUCACCUUUUUCACCAUUUCACCACUGUUGUUUCUUCUUUAAUUUCCAUAAAACCUACUGAUAAUCCCUUCCAAAAGCAUUUUACUAGCAUGGCUUUACAGAAGGGUCCUCUUCAGUCCGCCAUCCUCUCAGUGGCCGCCAGUCAUUUGGUAGCAAUUUCACCGCGUAAAGACACCGAGAUUGUUGCCAGAAAACACCACAGGAUAGCCAUACAGUCUUUGUCUAUGGCGCUCAAAACCCCGACGGAAAGAUUUUCUGAUGCGAUUCUUGCGACCGUGUUGAUGCUGCAAGUCAGGCGUCAAUUUAUGGACAGCAUCGAAGAGGCAGACGAAUGCCAUCUAUCUGCUGCUAGAGAACUCAUUCGUUUACGCAAAGGGCUACCUACUGCGCCCACGUCAUGCUUUCAAUUCCUUCUCAGCCUUUUCAGUUAUUACGACAUAUUGGGAUCCAUUGCCCACGCGAGGCCACCUUUCAUUCUUGAUCAUCACUAUCUCUGCUCUAACACCUUGGCUCCGCUUUUCGACAGUGCCUUUGACAUUCUCCAUAUAGCAUCGGACAUCAGCUCGCUGCAGUCGAUGAAGAGUGGCGCCAUGACAACAUCAAAUGAAGAAAUCCAAUCGCUUAUUCAAGUGUUUGAACACAAACUCGAAACCUGGCGACUACCUGACGAUACCGCCGAAAAUCUCGAUCUUGCCAAUACUGCGAUCGCAUAUCACGCUGCUGCAUCUAUCUAUCUAUUUCGUGUGGCAUAUAAUAUAGGCUCUCCACACCCGCGUACCUUACACCGAGUCCGACUCUGCUUGGAUGCAAUAGCGAAAGUCCCCAUAACGUCGCCACUUGUAUCUAUGCACGUUUGGCCGUUGUUUACGGGAGGAUGCGAGGCUAUCGAUCCGCAGGAUAGGUUGUUUGCAGUUCAGCGGCUUAAAGAGAUGUACAGUAUCAGGAGAAUUCCCUCUCUCAUUCGCGUUCGAGAAGCCAUGGAAACAGUUUGGAAGUGCAAAGACUUGCAAGGCGGAGAUAGCAGACCUGAUCUCAUGGUUAAGCUAGGAUGUCUUGAAGCUUUGGACCAAUUGGGUCUUGGCGUAGAACUAGUUUAA